AUGGCGGUCGCUCAACCAAAGCCAAAGCCGGCUACAAAGGCCAACACUACUCCGAAAGGGAAGAUGCAGAUGCACAGAAGAUCACGGACAGGUUGCUACACAUGCCGACUCCGAAGAAAGAAGUGCGACGAAGGCUCUCCUUCUUGCACUGCUUGCAAACACCUUGGCCUUCGCUGCGAAUACAAGAGACCCAUGUGGUGGAGCAACAAUGAUCAACGCCGGCUCCAAAAGGACAAUAUCAAGAUGAUCAUUAAGAGAAAGAAGUUGACUGAGAAGACAACCUCAUCUGCAACAAAUCAAGUCAUGACACCCGGCUCAGAGACACCUCCUGGACUUUCACAUUCGCUUCCCACCUCGGCCACCUUUUCUGAUCCUCUCGAUCGCACUCGGUCCGCUUCGAUUGAUUCCUCAUUAUCGCUUUUUGAUUUUAAUGCGCCUCCGCAUAUUGCCGACUACACUGCAUACAAUGCGCAAAUGCACUCUUCACAUUCGCAAUAUGCAUCCAUGUAUCCCGAGUUUUCACCCUACGAGAUCGACGUCAAGACUGAGAGACAAAUGUACAUCAAUGACAACCUCGCUCGACGAGAAUCGACUGUCUCUACAUUCAGCACUUAUCACCCGCCACCACCACCAGAGCAAAUGCUUCCAUCAUUUCCGGUCGACAAUGAAUGGGAAGGAGCGAUCUACACCGAUCGCAGAGAAUCAUUGGCGGAAGAGACACUAAACAUUAAUCUUUUCGAUUUCUCCCAUGGCCAACCAGCUCCCGUGCGCCAAGUCGCCAUUGAACUCGAGGAAGGCGACCAAAGGCUGCUCGACCACUUCAUUUCUGACGUUCUGCCUUCAGUCUUCCCGAUACUUGAAACAAACCAGCAUGGCUCCGCCCGAACCGAUUACGUUCUACCGGCUUUGUCGAAUAACAAGUGCUACUUGCAUUGCUGUCUUAGCAUAGCGGCGCAGCAUUGCAAAGCCACGAUGAACAUUCAAGGAGAGCAAAUUGACAACGAUAUCAUGCGCCACCGUUAUGCGACAAUUUCAGAGCUCUGCGAGGCUCUCAAUCGGGAUACGAAUCACUCGGACAUUCUCGAGGCAACCUUGGGCAUGAUUUUCUUUCAAUGCUCGGUUGGGCGAUUCGACGACUCCUUGCCAGACAUUCCAUGGCACCAACAUUUCCAAGCUGCAAUCUCACUGAUCCAGAAACUUGAGCUCAGCCGCGCAGUCUCUGAAUCACAUGAUCUCAUUCCAUUCAAUAUGACCCUCACAGCCUGGAUUGACAUUCUUGGAUCGACGAUCCAAGGCCGAGCUCCAACAUUCGCCCACACUUACCGAGAGAAGCACUUGUCAACAACCAACUCAUCUCUCGGACUUCGUGAGCUUAUGGGCUGCGAAGAUCGAGUCAUGUAUUUGGUCUCUGAGAUCGCUUGUUUAGAAGCUCUCAAGAAGGACGGCAUGGACGACAUUGCUCUCUGCCAACACGUCCACGCUCUUGGAGAUCAAAUCGGCUUGACUGAAAUCGGAGAACUUGGACCAAAGAUCCCAUUCAAUGCGAAUGGUGUCUUGAGCCCCAAGCAAUUGAGCAAAAACAUCACUGCUGCAUUCCGAAUUGCAGCUAGAAUUUACUUGUGCAGCCUGGUCCCAGGCUUCACUCCCAGCCAACAAAGCUGUGUUGGUCUGGUAUCAAAACUCACACAGGUCCUUGAGUUUAUCCCUUCUGGACAAUCCGGCUUCGAUCGCAGUCUGGUCUGGGUCUACUUGAUUGGAGGCUCAGUCAGCACCAUGGACUCCCCUUUCCGCUCAUUCUUUGAGGAGCGAUUGAUGGGUUUGGGCGACCUCGCCAACUUCGGGAGUUUCGGGCGCGUUGCCUGCCUCCUGAAGGAAGUUUGGGGACACGUUGAUGGGCGCUUAAGUCCUGGCGGUGGUGAAGCACACUACGUUUCCUGGCGAGACGUUAUGCAGAUGAAGGGCUGGGAUUUCUUGUUGAUCUAG